CAAAGUUAGCAACUUUAGCUUGAACUUGCCGCCUGACAACUGACAAUAACGACAGUGUUUUACUCGUUAUCCUCGCAUGUUUCGGCGUUUUGCUGUCUGACUUUCGUCAGGAAGAUGCCAGUGUUUUGUGACUUGUGGGAGUGUGGUCUGUUUGGAGGCAGGUGUUAGCUCGCCAGUUAGCAUAACAUUCAACUGAUACACAUUAACCCUGAUCGACAUUCUCUUUAUGGCUUUAUCCACGCGACCUGAAAGUGUCUCCCUUCAGUCGUGUGAGUGUCUUGUCAACAAAACAUCAUUCACCAGUCAUUUAACGUCAGCAAGUUUUCUGACUGUUGCACUGAUGUCAUGAAUGAUCCACCAGAAAUGGCUCCAAGUGUUUAUAUAAGGUUACAAAUCAAACUGUGAACUGUUGCUUGCUGUCGUCUGUUUGUGGACAACAGUGAAUCAGCAUUUUUGUUGAAGUGAACUAUCACACAGGAAACCAUAAGUCCAUCAUCACGUCACGUGAUUUCAUUUCCCUGAGCAGCUCCGAUUGUUGAGUCAGCUGUAUGAACUGUUUGAAAAGUCUAAAAGUGUUCGUUAAACUAGUCACUGAAGCAAAUGCCAACUCUAAUAACACUCCCAAGCUAAGUCAAACAAAACUGGAAGAAAACGGUGUAAUAACCUUGUCCUUGUUUUUUGGAGGCAGCUGAGGUCCUUGAACAUCUGCUGGUGGAUGCUCUCGAUGUUCUGAGUCUGUGGUGUCCUGUGACAUUUUCUAUAGUGUGCUGCUUCAAUUUCAACUCACUUUAUUUUCACAGCGUCUUUGUGUGUUUCUGUAUUGCUGAAUGCUUGUUUGUAUAAUGAUUCACCUUUGUGAUUACAUUUGGACCUCGGAUCUGAUCCCGUGGAUGGGCCUGGGUUUCCCAGACUUGCUCUUGGUUCCUCCGUUUCACUUGCCACAACGUACACAGGCAAACCAUUGACACUCUGCGUGAAAGGUUGCUACCAUCAGCUCUUCAGGGUAGCAAGGCCCGAUGUGUAAAAAUUGUAUCGAGCCAUCUCCAUUAGGAACUAUGAGGUGUGAGCGAAAUGUCAAGAAUCGUUUUAUCAAUCUCCCCGGGGAAGUUAUGAUCCUGAUCAAGCUAUUGAUGCGCCGCAUGAUGACAGCUGCAUUCCUGAGCCAGCAGUACCUACCACACCUCCCUUUUUUCAAACAUGAACCUCCCAGUUUCCCUAUAAGAAAAGGGCAAACAUCGUUGUGUCAUCAGUGAAUCACCGUACAGUGUGCUCAACUUGAGCUCCCGUCAAGCUUCGGCCUGGUUGAACUGAUCUGUUCCAAUUUGUUGUGAUGUGACCCCUGUUGCCUGACCUGCACCCCCUCUCUUCCUUCAUGUCGCGUGGCAGGUUGGAAACCCAGAUAACUUUGGAACAUAAGUUAUGAUCCUAUAAAUAAAUAUAAUAAAUAAACCCAUAGUUCACAUCCUCUAAUAAGUAUUAAUAAGGUGUCUUUUUCUUAAAGUGUAUAUAUAUAUAUAGAUACACACAUACACAUAUGUAUAUAUUUGUAGUUUUGAAUAUAAAUUAAAUAUUGCCUAUAUACAUGAGUAAAUCAAGGUGCAAUAGAAAUACAUUUAAGGCACAUAAAAUAAAUUGCUUCAUUUUAAGAAAACAUUUAAAAAAUGUUGGAUUCAGGGAGUGAAAACGAAAAACUCAUGGAUGCUGCCAGAUAUUAACAGAACAUUAGGAUGGGGAGGUGAUGAGAGGGGGAAAGCAGCGGCGGUAAAUUAAAUUAAAAGUUACUGAACAUCAACGUAUUUUAGUGUUUGAUAUGAUUCAUGAGGAAUUUUCAGGUUCCUGUACCUCACCGAAUACACAACAAAUAUUUAUAUGACUGACAUAUUUGUGAAGCCUGCUGACAUCAUCAUGCUCGGUCUCGACCUUGUCAAAACAAAUGUGAAUUAGUGUUUGCCCUGUUUUUGUGUGGAAAAAAACAUACUCACACUGACUCACUAAAAUAUGAAAUACACAUAAACGGAUGAGACACAAGGUUCACUUUCAUUUUCCUCUGCUCUUUUCCUGCUCUGAUGAAUUCCCCUCCUAUGUACAAAGACAGACCUGUGGCUUGUGUUCUGUAGAUGUGGGGAAAGUUGCAUGUUUAGAUUGUUGGAAUAAUGUAAGCAGGGUUAUGAUGGUUUUGAACCAGGCCUCGAUGAUGUGAUGUGGUUCAGUAUGUGUGGAUGCAGUGGUAGCAUUUCAGUGCCUCCUGUGAAGAGGCAGUCAGCAUCCGUGGCGCUCGCUCCUCUGAAUUCAUGAAGACAAAUCUGAGGUUGUUAAGAUGUCAUGAGCGAUCUAAUUGACUCGCUGCAGCUCAGUGUUUUUAGCUUGCAGAGUAAAUAAUUCACAGGCUCUCAUUAACAUACGUGACAUGACAGGCGACUCCCUGCUGUCCCGACAUUUCCUGUUGCAUGCUGGCUGGCAGUUUCACUGCCUGAAGAUAGACCAGUCAAGAGUUGUUCUUCUCUCUGAGCUGUCACAGAAGACUGGAAACAUAUGGCUCCUUCUGAGCAACAUUUGGUGUCAGAAUGCCCGCAGGCGGAUGCGCUCCCUUUUCAAUGACCCACUUUAGGGAGCCAGAAGCCGUUGGUUUGUGAAGAUGCUGAUCAGCCUCUGAUGCCCUGCAAGCAUCAUCAGAGUCUCUGAUCAACGACUGAAGUGUUCACCAACCUGAGGAAUGCUGCUUUGGUUAGAACUUACUGAAGGCCACAUGCAGGAGUCUAUCAACAAGCUCAAGCUUUCCCCUGUUUCCUGAACAUUUCAUUUGACCAUGUGUUGUAUUUGUAAGGUCUCCACACUUCCUCAUGUUGCUCCUCUUCCCCACGUCUUCUUUAGAGAGAGCCUUGUCUCCAAAAUGGAGUGAUGAGAAACACAUUUGGUUACAACACCAACUGACAUUAAUCUGACUAGCUAACAAGGAUGAAACCAGAUCCUAAGAGAGGCACCGUGUCGCCAUACCUCCUGACCCCCAAUUGUUAGCUCUGGAGGACAUGCUGCUGGUUCUUGUGACACCUGCAUGUUUCAGGUUGAUGCUUUGAUCCUGUGCAGUUGGGUGCUGCUCUCUGUGACCCAUUUCUGGAAGCAGGCCCACCGUCAACGCUAGCUUCUGCUAUGAGAAGUGAUGAACACAGGGUUCCUGAAUCUGCUCCAUCUGUAGAACUUUCCGUGGAUGGAAUGUGUGUCGUCUGUUUAACAGGCCCAUAUUAAACUUUCAAAGCUCCGUCCUGUAAAAUAUUCAUGGCAGCGGUCUGGUGACAAGUUGCCUUGUGUGCAGGGCUGUGUGUGUGUCCCAAGACGUGUGUGUAUUGUAUGAUAGCGUGUUCAUUCUGGCUCAUGUCAUUAGGGUAAGUCAGCAUUCUUAUUUAAGCUUCACAUCUGAUCUUUCUGAAGAUCUUCGUAUGUGGAUUUCUCAAAGCCCCAGGCUGAAUUUGUUCAUAGAAGAAGGUGAACGACUAAUCCAUUCGGAGGACGCACUUCAGUGUGUGAAUGAGUGUGUGCGCUGUCACAUGUUUGUGUGUCGGUGGAUGCUGGUGGAAGUUAAAGAGCCAACGAGAAGCUGGCAGAGGCUCAGAGACUGGAGGAGCUUCGACGAGCGCAGGCCAUGUCCAACUAAGAUUUGAAUGUAGCUAGUGAGUGACUGACGAAAGCUGAUGGAUCCUUCAGUGACACAAGCGCGGCUGGCAGCUCCUCCCGGCAUGGAGGACUACAACCCCUUCUCUGACGUCAAAACUACCGGCACGACGCCGAGGAGCACCGCGCCAGCCGUCAGCACGCAGCCCGCCAUCAUGAAGCCCACAGAGGAGCCCCCGGCCUACACGCAGCCCAGAGCUCAGGAGUCGUCGGCAGCUGCCGCAGAACUCCUGAGACGGCAGGAGGAGCUGGAGAGGAAAGCUGCUGAGCUGGACCGGCGGGAGAGAGAGAUGCAGUCGCUGAGCGCCUCUGGAGGUAAGAAGAAUAACUGGCCCCCGCUGCCGCAGCAGUUCCCAGUGGGACCGUGCUUCUACCACGACAUCACGGUGGACAUCCCAGUGGAGUUCCAGAAGACAGUGAAGAUCAUGUACUACCUCUGGAUGUUACACAGCGGCACCCUACUGGCCAACAUGGUGGGCUGCUUGUCCUGGUUCUGUGUGGACCUGAAUCGGGGAGUGGACCUGGGCCUGUCCAUCCUCUGGUUCAUCCUCUUCACGCCAUGCGCCUUCGUCUGCUGGUACCGCCCCGUGUACGGCGCCUUCAGGAGCGACAGUUCCUUCAGGUUCUUCAUCUUCUUCUUCAUCUACAUCUGCCAGUUUGGGGUCUACGUCAUGCAGAGUAUCGGCAUUGCGGGAUGGGGCGCCUGUGGCUGGAUCUCGGCUCUGAUGGGCCUGAACAAGAGCAUCCCGGUGGGCAUCAUCAUGAUCCUGGUGGCGGUGCUCUUCACCACGCUCACCGUCCUGUCGCUCAUCAUGUUCAAGAAGGUCCAUGCCAUGUACCGGACCACCGACGCCAGCUUCGAGAAGGCCCAGCAGGAGUUCGCCUCCAGUGUCAUGGCGAACAAGACGGUCCAGACGGCAGCUGCCAACGCCGCCUCCAGGGCCGCGCAAGGCGCCUUCAAGGAGCAAAUCUGAAGCCUCGCCCACUGGACUUGACCCCUCCCGCCCCCCCCCAGUCCAACACUGAAGUCACCCACCAGAUUGCCCCAUGAUCAUCUCUACUUUUAAAUUAUUUUAUUUCUCAGUUAGAAACACUACUGCCCCCUGGUGGAGUGACAGAACCUGAAUGCUGUGCAUUCCCCUUCUCUCCUGCUCCACUCCCACCGACCAACUCUAAUGUUCCAGGUCUCACAGGUGGGGCUGCAGCCCAGCUUCAGUAACAUCUGGAGACCCUACCCUUCCCCUGUCUGACUAGAUAACGCCUCGCCGCCGCUUGCCGUUUUCCUACCUGAGCGUCCGACGGCGUCUGUGAGCAACACAGCGGUCUCUCUCUCGCUUUCCUCCUCGUCACGUCACCUCAGCGGGUGCCUGUGUUCGUGUGGCGUGUUUCUUCCUCCUGUCAGGUUUGACUCACAACUGUUUCCUCUGCAGCAUAUGGGCCUCCACUCACAGCUGUGAGUCCCCAGAGACUGAGUCAAAGUGGUGAGAGAGAUCAGGAGACAAAUCACUGCCACCGUUGAGACGAAAGUCCAGUGGCUGAGUUCAGUCAGUCAAUGAAGACCGUGUUCAAAUUGAAAUCUUAGUGUUCAUAAAAUUGUCCUGAGAGCACAGUGAUGGCUGGAGGUCAUGGCGUAGUGAGUCACAGCGGUCGAGCGGCUGGACUGACUCUCAAGUCUCGCUCUCCCAUUCACCGAAAGGAUGAAGGAUGAAACCCGCGGAGAAGCCUGUGCUGAUGAAGCUCGAUUCCUACUGCGCGCCUCCGACUUGAGCGAGUCCUGAGAAGAGUCAGUUCUUACAUUUUCAUCCGAGUUUCUGUGGGUUUUGUAUAUUUAUUGUUGAACUGAAUAAAUUCUCUGAUUGUAAUUUCUACCUGCGAGUCACGUGACUUCAUUCUGUCGCUCCCGACCUCUGACGUGAGUCUGGAUGUGCAGUUACAGUUGGUGGCCGCGCGGGGGCAGCACACGGUCAGAAAUGUGCCUACUUUCGCUGACGUCUCUCGACGGCAUAUCUCGGUCUCAGAUGAACUCGAAGUGACGUCUGGCACGCAGAUGACGCGUAUUUUUUUAAAGGCAUUAUGAAGAUUAAGAAGCUUUUACUACAGCCACAGUACUAUUUAUUACUUUUGCUGCGAUUUACAAAACGUAAACUUCGAGCUGUGUGACCCCUCAUCGUCUCCUGGAAAACUUGGUUCCACAAACAUAACAUUUUCAGUAUUUCAGGCGAAUCGCAUAUUCAGAAAUGUUAAGUGUCCCACAUGUGUUUAUUUUUUAGAUUAAAGAGUUCCCAGUGUACAUAUACACAAAGAAUUUAACUAAUGUAACUUCAAAGACUUGGAUUUGUAUCUUCAAAUCUAUUUUAAAUUUUACUUGUUUUGUGUUUGACUGAGAUUAUCAUUG